CACAGCGAUCUCCGUCACCAGUUCUCUGAGAUGGAAACGAAGUACAGAUCUGUCAACGGAACCAAGGCUCAAAUCUGUGAAUUUUUGACCAGCAGAAGAGUAACACAGAUUCCUGAGUCUCAGAUCCCAUGCGACCGAAACUUCCAGCUCUUUUGGGAAGAGUAUCACGAGAUGAACAGGACCCAGCGCCAAUGUCGACUACAAGUUCAUGAGUUAAACUCAACCCUUGAUUCCACAAUAUCCGAGAAUUCCCUCCUGGACCUCUCCCGGAGAACCUGUCUCAGGAAUCUUUCUGAGCUCAACUCUAAUCUGUCCGAUCUUAAACGAAUCAACAGCGAUCACCGUCACCAGUUCACUGAGAUGGAAAAGAAGUACAGAUCUGUCAACGAAACCAAGACUCAAAUCUGUGAAUUGUUGACCAGCAGAAAAGGAGAGCUCACGUGUCCUCAGAACUGGAUCGGAAACGGAGAUCGGUGUUAUUUCAUAUCAUCCUUGGAGAAACCUUAUGAUGGAGCGAGGGAACAUUGUUCAAACUUUGAUGCAAGGCUCCUGGAAAUAAAUUCAAACGAGGAAGAGGAAUUUGUUUCCAUCUCUGUCGGAGAAGAAUCCGGAACUUACUGGAUUGGAAAAUGUGGUGACGGAAGGAAUUACAACGGCAGGAGUUUGAGGAAAUGUGGCCUGUCAUUUAAAACUCGCGAGUUCUCCGGAUUUACGGCGGAGAGCAUUCUCGUUUGUCGCAUCGCCGGCUGGUGUGGAGGCUGCAACGCACAGGGUCGCCAGAGGCUGCAGAGGUUUCUAGACUCAGCGAAAUCCAUCACAGGCAAAAUCCUCCCCACUAACGAGGACAUGUUCAAAAGGGACCGCAUCCAUUACGGAGGACACUCACCACCCGGGAAAUGCCCUGCUAUCAUUUGUACCAUCGUGGAGGAUGUACAGGAGUCUGACGACCCGUACUCAACAAUGUGAAACAAGUUACUUUCCAUCCACCAUCAGAUUAGUAAACGCUUCCUGAAUCCAUCAGCACCCUAGA